GUAUCACUCACCUUCCAAGGUGUUGAAGUUGGAGGACGACCCGUGGGGGUCAUGUGCCAUGUACUCGCCGGAGAAGAUGAAGUCCGGUGGGGGUCUCAUGGCGCCCCCGGGCUGCUUUCCGGGUCGGUACAGUCCCACGUACCGCACCACCGACCCGCGCCGCUGCGUGCCCAACCCUUCGAGCCGCAUCCUCGAAGAUGCUUCGUUGAUGUGCAAUUCUUGGUCACCACGACAUAACGGUGAUAUCUUCAGUGGACUAAACGACGGUUUGCUGAGUAGAGCCGAGGCACUGGCUGCGGUCGACAUCAGCAAGCACCAGUCGGGGCCUCAGCCGGGACCUCCGUUACCUCAGCUCAAACAUGACAUGGUUUAUCACCAUGGUGUUGGAGGACCACCGCCACAUAAUACCCGGCCGCAUCAGAUGGGUCAUCAUGGAAUGGAAGGGUUGGAUAUGUUGGAGCCGGGGUCUGCAACAUCUAUGACAACUCUAGCGCCUAUGGGAGAAGGAGCUCCACCGCACCAUCAGUUGCAUGGAUACGGCGCCAUGAAUCAUGUCAUGAACCAUCACCACCACGCUGGCGGCCUAGCCCAUGCCCCACCGGCUCACUUGGUGCAUCCCGCCGCUGCAUUGCAUCCAGACACCGACACUGAUCCACGAGAACUAGAAGCAUUUGCUGAGAGAUUCAAGCAAAGACGAAUCAAACUCGGCGUCACACAAGCGGACGUUGGUAAAGCUCUAGCAAAUCUAAAAUUACCUGGAGUUGGCGCCCUGUCACAAAGUACAAUAUGUCGAUUCGAAAGCUUAACUCUAAGUCACAAUAACAUGAUAGCACUCAAACCCAUUCUACAAGCGUGGUUAGAGGAGGCAGAAGCACAAGCAAAAAAUAAGAGACGAGAUCCAGACGCCCCGAGCGUGUUACCAGCUGGCGAAAAGAAAAGAAAAAGAACAUCGAUAGCUGCACCUGAGAAAAGAAGUCUUGAGGCAUAUUUUGCGGUUCAGCCGAGACCUUCUGGUGAAAAAAUUGCUGCAAUUGCUGAAAAGUUAGACCUAAAAAAGAAUGUAGUUCGAGUUUGGUUCUGCAACCAGAGACAGAAACAGAAACGAAUGAAGUUCGCGGCGCAACACUGA